AAUCUAAUAACCUCAUUUUUACCCUCAGCUAAAAGUGAAAAUGGAACAUUACCCAAUGACACAGAAAUGAAUGCUAUUGUGACAAAACCACUAAAUGGGAGUGCUGGGAGAAGUGAUUGUGAAGCCCAGUCUCACAGCUCUGGUUCUCAUUACUCAAAGAAAAGUCGUUCCUCUUUAGAAAAAUCUCACUUUCCUAGAAGUGAACUUCAGACAAUGAUGUUGCUAGGUCAUGGAGAGUAUGGUGAGGUGUUUCUGGCCAAAGCAAAAGGCAUUGUCGAUCCAGACCAAGAGGUUGUAGUCAUGGUUAAAGCCUUGCAGACUAGAGAUGAAAACUCACAUUUCGAAUACCGAAGAGAAAUGGAUAUGCUUAACAAACUACGCCAUGAAAAUAUUGCUAAGCUCUUAGGAAUAUGUCGAGAGACAGAACCAUUUUUAUUUAUAACAGAAUACAGUGAUUGGGUAAAUAUCUUCUUCAAUAUUUUUUUGAAAAAAAUUGCAGAAUGUUUUACUGUUAACAAUAUAAAAAAAAUUUCUUCUCCUGAAAUUUAUGUUGUAAAAGUGAUUUAUGUGGUUCAAUAAAUGCAGAUCCUAUAC